CAGGACAAGAUUACAGACCUGAUAUGGAAGUCAAAACUUCAUUUAGCAAGGGCGGUAGAGUUCCUGAAACUGUAUCCAUGUUAAUUAAUGAAGAAUUUGUCCUGGUCCGUCAGCAGUCGGAGGACUCUUCUGGCAAAGAUGAAAAACCUCAGCUAAAGGUGUUUUCAAACGGUGACGAACAGCUGGAGAAGGCAAUGGAGGAGAUACUGAGGGAUUCUGAAAAAGAGCCGAAGAGCUGUACUGCUGAGCAGGAAGGUUGUGCUAAUGCCUGCAGCCAGGCAGCUGGAGAUGUAUCAGCAAGUCAGACAAAUCAGCCAUCCUUGAACCUUGUUUUAGACCCUUCUACUUCAGAAAUCUCUGCACCGAGGCCCUCUUCCCCUGUUGAACCCCCAGAAGAGGACAGCGUAUUAUUUAACAAACUGACUUAUUUAGGUUGCAUGAAGGUGUCUGCCCCUAGAAAUGAAGCAGAAGCACUGCGUGCAAUGGCAGCUAUGAAGUCCUCAAGCCAAGCCCCCUUAUCUGUGACCCUUUAUGUUCCAAAUAUUCCUGAAGGCUCUGUAAGGAUAAUAGAUCAAUCAAGCAAUGUGGAGAAAGCCUCUUUUCCAAUCUACAAGGUGUUGUUUUGUGUGCGCGGACAAAAUGGGAGUUCAGAGAGUGACUGUUUUGCAUUUACUGAAAGCAGCUGUGGAACAGAAGAGUUCCAGAUUCAUGUUUUCUCCUGUGAAAUUAAAGAGGCAGUCAGCAGGAUUUUGUAUAGUUUCUCAACAGCAUUCAAACGUUCUUCCAAACAAGCAUCUGAUCAUGUUAAGGACUUUGUUCUUCCUACUCCAGAUAGUGAUGUGUACACUUUCAGUGUUUCCUUAGAAGUCAAAGAAGAUGAUGGAAAAGGAAAUUUUAGCCCUGUGCCAAAGGAUAGAGAGAAAUUUUAUUUCAAACUUAAACAGGGAAUUGAGAAGAAAGUGGUGAUUACAGUUCAACAACUCUCCAAUAAAGAACUGGCUAUUGAGAGAUGCUUCGGUAUGCUACUAAGCCCUGGACGAAAUGUGAAAAACAGUGAUAUGUAUUUACUGGACAUGAGUUCUGAUGGGAAGGCUUAUGUAAUUACUGGAAUGUGGAAUCCUAAUGUGCCAACGUUUGUAGUACUUAAUGAGGAAACUCCUAAAGACAAACGUGUAUUCAUGACUGUUGCAGUGGAUAUGGUUGUUACUGAAGUUGUAGAGCCGGUCCGUUUUUUGCUGGAGACACUUGUGCGUGUGUAUCCUGCUAAUGAACGUUUCUGGUAUUUCAGCAGAAAAACCUUCACAGAAACUUUUUACAUGAAGCUCAAACAGUCUGAAGGGAAAAGCCACACAAGCGCUGGAGAUGCAAUUUAUGAAGUUGUCAGUCUACAAAGAGAGUCUGCCAGAGAUGAAGAACUGGCCAGCCCAACAAGUGGAGGAGGACCAAUGUCAUCCCAGGAGGAUGAGGCAGAAGAGGAGAGUGAUAAUGAGCUCUCCAGUGGCACUGGUGAUGUGUCAAAGGAUUGUCCGGAGAAGAUCCUGUAUUCCUGGGGAGAAUUACUGGGAAGAUGGCAUAACAAUCUUGUUGCGAGACCGAAGGGGCUGUCUACGCUGGUGAAGAGUGGUGUUCCGGAGGCGCUGAGGGCAGAAGUUUGGCAGUUGCUGGCAGGAUGCCAUGACAACCAGGCAAUGUUGGAUAAAUACAGACUUCUCAUCACAAUGGAUUCUGCUCAGGAGAGUGUCAUUACCCGAGAUAUUCAUCGCACGUUUCCAGCACAUGAUUAUUUUAAAGAUACAGAAGGAGACGGUCAGGAAUCUCUAUACAAAAUCUGUAAGGCCUAUUCUGUCUAUGAUGAAGACAUUGGCUAUUGCCAGGGACAGUCUUUCCUCGCAGCUGUGCUACUUCUUCAUAUGCCAGAAGAGCAAGCAUUCUGUGUAUUGGUGAAAAUAAUGUAUGACUAUGGCUUGAGGGACCUCUACAGAAAUAAUUUUGAAGAUCUCCAUUGCAAAUUUUUCCAGCUGGAGAAGUUGCUGCAGGAGCAGUUGCCUGACUUGUACAGCCAUUUCUUGGACCUGAAUUUGGAAGCUCAUAUGUAUGCAUCCCAGUGGUUUCUCACUCUUUUUACUGCCAAGUUUCCACUCUGCAUGGUCUUCCACAUCAUUGACUUACUGCUUUGUGAGGGUCUGAACAUCAUCUUUCAUGUGGCCUUGGCUCUCUUAAAGACCUCAAAAGAAGAUCUUUUACAAGCUGAUUUUGAAGGAGCGUUAAAAUUCUUCAGGGUGCAGUUGCCCAAGAGGUACAGAGCUGAGGAGAACGCUCGAAGACUGAUGGAGCAAGCUUGCAACAUUAAGGUGCCAACCAAAAAGCUGAAGAAAUAUGAGCGAGAAUACCAAACAAUGCGAGAGAGCCAGCUGCAGCAGGAGGAUCCAAUGGACAGAUACAAGAGGGAGAACCGCAGGCUCCAAGAAGCCAGCAUGAGGCUGGAGCAGGAGAAUGAUGACCUUGCACAUGAACUUGUAACAAGCAAAAUCGCAUUACGAAAUGACUUGGACCAGGCUGAAGACAAAGCAGAUGUUCUGAACAAGGAACUUCUCCUGACCAAACAGAGACUAGUGGAGACUGAGGAAGAGAAACGGAAGCAGGAAGAAGAAACUGCUCAGUUGAAGGAGGUCUUCAGAAAGCAGUUAGAGAAAGCAGAAUCUGAGAUUAAGAAGACCACAGCCAUUAUUGCUGAGUAUAAACAGAUUUGUUCUCAGCUGAGUACCAGGCUGGAAAAACAGCAGGCAGCCAGUAAAGAUGAGCUGGAAGUUGUGAAGGGUAAAGUGAUGGCCUGCAAACACUGCAGUGAGAUUUUCAGUAAGGAGGGAGCACUGAAGGUGUCUGCUGCAAACAGGGAGAAUCAAGGAAUUGAAACAGAUGAUGAAAAGGAUGCACUCACCAAACAGCUGAGAGAGAUGGAGCUGGAACUUGCACAGACCAAACUGCAGCUUGUGGAAGCCAAGUGCAAAAUUCAGGAGCUGGAGCACCAGAGAGGAGCCCUUAUGAAUGAAAUCCAAGCUGCCAAAAACUCUUGGUUUAGCAAAACCCUGAACUCUAUCAAAACCGCCACAGGCACACAGCCACCACAGCAGCCUCAGCCACCUCUGCCACCCAAAGAGAGCAGUACAUAGUUCCAGCCAGACCCCCAGUACCAGAGCACAAAGAACAACUUAACUCAUACAAACCCUGGAGGAUUCUUCCAGUGGGCUCUCCUCUUGGGGAAAGGACAAAAGGCAGGAGUGCAGGCUUGAAGUUAAAUUCUUCGGUGUUUUUCAUUCAUUCUGAUGUGACCCUUUACAAGGGGGGGAAA